AUGGCAGCUUUAGGUUGCAAGCAUGACAACUUCGCCUAUGACACUUUCAUUUGGGAAAAACUGUGGCAUGGAUUCAACAUAUACAGAUCACGUCAAAAAUCUCAAACAGAAAUUCGAAUCGAACUCCGAAACAAAGACAAAACUAACUACGAAUUCAGCCAUAUCUUCGUGGAUACUCUGGCUGCGCCGAGACACCGGGGAGAACAAGAGAAGAAGGCGUAUUCCGCAUUUACGUGUUCGCCGGAACGGCUCUUCUUUAUCCUCUCGCCGGGCAACCGACGCCGUCCACUCCGGCUUCGCCAGUUCGCCUCCUCCGCCGUCGCCAUGGCCGACGCUAAAUCCCAAGGCCGAGCAGCGACUACCGCUCUCAGUUCCACUCCCACUCCCACAUGGGCGGAACGGACCGAGGCCCUAACGCACAUCCUGACCCACCCCUCCCACUCGCCGUCGCUCCACUCGCAGCUCUUCCUCGCGUCCCGCGUCCCGUGCCCACCUCGGGGCUCCUCCUACCCGCCCUUCCUCUGCCCCGGCGCGUCGCUCCUGCGGUGGGCACUCACCUCCGUCUUCCUGCCCCGCGCGGCCCGCCUUGGCCUGCCGCCUUCGUCCUGGCGCUCCCGGUGCCCCUUUCAGCUCCCGCCGCCGCUCGUGCCCUCCGCCGGCAUCGAGACGGCACCGGAGCGGUGGAGCGAGGCCGAGCUCCGGGGGUACGCGCAGCGGCGGCGGGCUCGGAGGGGGCCCAUGAGGACGCGGCCGCCGGUGUCCAUGGCGGGGGUGGUGCUGACGACCGUGCCCAACAUCGUGAUCAUCGUGGUCAUCAUGCGGGAGCUCUUCUGGGUCCGGCCUGGCCGUUUCUGAGCCAUUCAGGUGCAGGAUCACGAGGCACAUGGAUCUCAUCUUCUCCAUCAAGCAUAUGGGUCAUACUAUGCAUUUUAGGGUGCGUCGCGUCGCUGGCUCCUACUAUCCUGUCAUCACAGUAGCUGGCGUUCCUGAGUUUGAUCGCUUGCCAUAGUCAAUGCGCUUACAUGUCAAGGGAAGCUGCCUUGUGUUCCACCACCGGAAGAUUGGUACAUCCAGCCCAGUAGCGGUCGUUGGCCCAGUCAGUUAGUAUUGCUCUAUCCUCAAUUCCUCAUCAGUUAUUUCUUGUUCAACAUUUUACCCGCAAUAUACGAGCUCCAAAAAGGAUGAAGUGAGGGGAAGGUUUACAAGGAUAGAGUGUCCAAGGAGCAAAGAGGUCCCAAGGACCCAAUAUGUCUCAGUCUUUCUUGCACUUGUUGUGUCAUUGGUAAGCUCAGAUCGGGAGCUGUUGUUCUUUGGCACGUUUAGAUACAGUGUUCUGCACAUGGUGCUUGCUUUUCGCCUUUCCGUUAGACAGCAGCAGGUUCUUCCAGCAAUAAACUUGGUGAAACACCAUCACAGUGCAGAAACAAUUCAUCAUGCACAUUUCAUGCAAUUAUCCUGAUUGAUAGGGUAGUUGUGCUCAUAGGCAGCAAGAGUCCAGUCCACAGCUAUCACUGAAAGUAGAUCAAACUGGUUGGAUGUUGAAUGCUGUUCAUCAAAGUCACGACUCUGUGUUGGACGUCUGCUAGGCACCCUCUGUACUUCUGCUGUUCAAUGAUGCAUACACAUGUUGGGAACUGACAAAUGGCAACCCACCUCUGGUUCCUGGUCCAGUCAAAUCUGCAGUACCUGUGCUUUAAUUUUGUGUCGAACUGCUGUGGUACAUGUUCAGCGUGCAUACUCUGCUUGCAUCUCCUGUUACAAGGAUGUUGCAGAUGUUCCUUGGGAUGAGGUUGCAGGAAUGUUCCACUGGAUGCUUGCUGCUGCCAUCUUUCGUAGAUGCAUUGCCGGAGUAUUCCAUUCCCAUCAGCGUCAAGUGUGGUGGUCCGCCAUGCAGAUCAUCUCCAAAAAUGCGAUAUUGAUUGUUGAUCUGUCAAGGUGGAGUGCUGCCAACUGUGAGCUGUUCCUGACGGUGUCACUAGACCAAGACGAGCUGUAUUGGUUUCUAGAGUGCAGCCACAGCGUAAAACACAGGGUUUCUGUCAUAAUCUUGCACAUUGAGGAGAAACCUGCCACCGGUGUUGUCUGUCGACAUGAGCCAGCUGCAGAGCUUUUAUCCCAUGGAGCAUGGUUAAGCACUAGAUUGGGCAGGUUGGUAUUGGCUGAGUUGGUGAAGGUGUCGAACCGACUGCCCUGGUAAGCACAGUCUCUGGUGUCUAUCGUAGGAGGCACAGAUGAAUCUGGGAUUCCAAAGCUCAGAGUGUGCUGAAGGAGCCACCCAAACUGUGCUUCAACUGGCAUUCACAUGCUGUAGGUGGUGUAUCAAACGAUGGCCUUGUCAAACCAGAGGGUGACAAGCGAGCCAAGGUUGUGUUGCGCUGAUGGAGCACUUUAGGAUGAGCAUCUUACGAGGAGGAUGGAGAAUUCGGGGGCUGCCAUUGCUCUUUGCUUUGCAGCAGCUCUUGCUUGAGGCAGUAAACCUUCCACAUUAUCAGGAGCAUAGUUGAUUUAGACCAUCAAGUUAAUCUCUUGCCUAAUAUACUAUCCAGAAGACUUUGCCGACUUUCCGCAAACACGGCAAGAACAAAUCCUCAAGUACAAUCAAGGCUCCCGACUGGGAUGGGAUGGAGAUACUCAGUCUGCUUUUGAUUGGGAUGGAGAUCCACCCAAUUUCAUUCUUCCCUAUGUAAUAAAUGAUGUAACUCUUUUGACUGUGAAAUAAAAUACCGAGAGGCUUUCCCUUCAAGAAAAAAAAAGGGCUCCUGCAAAGGGUUUCAGCUGCAGGCAAGACGCAACAGUUCUUCGCGUCUGUGUUCCAUAUGCCUGGUGUGUGUGAUCCUCCAAUUUCUCCAGCUGAGUAGGUUUGCACAAUCUUUUCCAGCAAUGCAUGGUUGAGAGUAAUCUGUCCCAUACAUCCAACAAGCUUUUUCAUGUUUCAUCUAUUGCCCUGGAAACUGAUAGCAUUGCGAUAGUUUGAAAGAGUCCAUGAUAAAGCAGCAGAGAUCAACAUUGCAGGCAUUUUGUUUUCCAGCGAGCAACAGGUGCAAAAUAAAUACCCAUGUCAAGCG